UUUAUAAUCUCCGCAGAACCCCUUCAGCGACUGGUUCAAAAAAAUAAUAUCUUCUGUUACUCUUCAACUACUACUUGCAUAUUCCUGAGGCGCUAUGGCGAUUCUUGGUGGAAUUCGGGGGCAAUCCCCUUCUCCUGCUUCCUCUACUGCAGACAUGGAGAAGAAGCCAGUGAUGCUCCAGAUCAGUACCAAAGAUCGUUUCCGACCACGCAUCCUAGUGAUGGCAGUCCUUGUUAGCAUGGGCGGUUUCAUAUUCGGCUACGACACUGGUCAGAUAUCUGGAUUCUUGGAGAUGCCUGACUUCCUCCGAAGGUUCCAUGAUAAGGUAGACCCUGAGACAGGAAAGCUUGCAUUUUCGAAUGCCCGGUCUGGAACCAUUGUUGCUUUGCUCUCCAUUGGAACCCUCAUUGGCGCCAUUGUUGCUGCACCCAUCGCCGACAAAUUCGGAAGGAAGCUGUCGAUCACCUUUUGGAACAUCGUCUUCUGUGUGGGAGUCAUCGUGCAGAUUGCAACCACGACAAAAUGGUACCAGAUGGCACUUGGGCGUUGGGUUGCUGGUCUCGGUGUAGGAGGGUUAUCAGUCCUCACGCCUAUGUACCAGAGUGAAACGGCGCCUCGUUAUGUUCGUGGUGCGCUUGUUAGCUGUUACCAACUGUUCAUCACGCUCGGAAUCUUCACCGCAUAUUGCAUCAAUUUUAGAACAUCGAAAGAUGACAGCGCGCGGUCAUGGCGCCUACCAAUUGGCAUUGGCUUCAUCUGGCCUGUCAUCAUGGGAGUCGGAAUGCUGUUUCUACGUGAGUCACCCAGGUGGGAGUAUCGCAAAGGAAAGAUUGAGUCCGCCCGCACGACCAUCGCCAUCUCGUACGGCGUAUCGGAAGAUCAUCCAGAGGUCAAUCGCGAGAUAAGAGAGAUCAAGGAAAAACUUGAUGCUGAGAGAGCUGGUGGUGGCAAGCACCCAUGGUAUGAGAUAUUCACUGGACCUCGAAUGCUCUAUCGUACAUUGCUCGGGAUCACCCUGCAAGCCCUCCAACAGCUUACAGGAGCGAAUUUCUACUUCUACUACGGCACGACCAUCUUCCAGUCUGUCGGCCUACCUAAUCCGUACGUUACCAGCAUGAUCCUCGGCGCGGUCAACUUCGGUACUACGUUCCCCGGACUUUAUAUCGUCGAGAAGUAUGGACGUCGACCAAGUUUGAUCUUUGGCGCCCUUUGGAUGUUCAUGUGCUUUAUGGUGUUCUCCUCCUUGGGCCACUUUGCACUGAACCGCGAUGAUCCUGCACAGACCCAAGGAAUCGGAUACGCAAUGAUUGUGUUCGCAUGUCUUUUCAUCGCUGGUUUUGCCAUGACCUGGGGAGUUGGUAUCUGGACCGUCGUCGCAGAGCUCUAUCCAUCUCGCUACCGUGCCAAAUGUAUGGGACUCGCAACGGCAUCCAACUGGGCUUGGAACUUCCUCAUUUCUUUCUUCACACCCUAUAUCACAAGCGCCAUCGAUUACCGGUAUGGCUACAUCUUUGCGGCAUGCUCCUUCGCUGGUGCAGUAGUGGUUUUCCUCUUUGUCUGUGAGAGCCACGGCCGGACUCUCGAGGAAAUCGACACGAUGUACAUCUUGGGCGUCAACCCGAUGAAGAGUGCUAAGUGGCAGCCUCCCGAGGGCGACGACUUCCCUAAUCUUGACAAUACAUAUCUUGCACCGGGUGCGAGAAGCAUCAAGAAGAAGGAGGAAGCGGGUGUCCCCAUUGCGGAGAGAAAGGAGAGCACAGUGGCUCCCAACGGGCACGACAAUGUCGUUCCGGAGGCUUCGGGAGCCAUUCAGUAAGGUAUCACAUUAUUUCUUCAAGAAGGAGUUAUUAGGUUACUAAGCGGCAAGAUGGUUGCAAAGCGCGCAUGGCGUUCGGGUGCCAUUGGGAUGCAUUUGGUUUGGAAUUACUGGCGCCUUGGUUUAGCAUCACAUUACAUUGUCCGAAGCCUUAAGGUAUGUAACUUGU